CAGAUUACCGUAAGAUGCAGUUAAGAUGACGCUGCACUGUUAACUGGAUAGUUGAAACCCUUGCAGGCAGCUAUACAUAUAGAGUAAUAGUGAUAAACACUGUGAUAUAUUUAUAUACAAAAUGGAGAGUGUAUUAAAAAAUUCGGCAGCGCAGGAAGCUGCAAACAAUGAUCUGAUGUUAGCAAAAUUCGUAUCAAUGGCUGUGUUAGGAGUUUGUUCGUUUCUGUUAGGAAUUCUACCGAUAAAAUUAACAAAACUAAUUUCGAUAAAAUCAGUGGACGGAGAUAAAAACUUGUUAAUAUCAUUAUUACUAUGUUUCGGUGGUGGCGUCUUACUAUUUACAACGUUUAUUCAUCUACAACCUGAAGUUCGAGAAAGUUUUGAGUCUUUGGGGAAACGGGACGCUAUACCCGAAUUUGGAAAAAAUAUCCCACUGUCGGAAAUAGUGUUCUGUUUUGGAUUUUUCUUCGUGUAUUUCAUAGAAGAGACGGUGCAUAUGUUACUAGACAGGAAAGUGCACAACAACGCUCUACAUCGGUCUUUAUCAGUGAAAAGUUGUAGUUCAAAGGACGAACUCUCAAUACCCAGAGUAACUUUAACGAAAUUAGAUGAUGGAAGCAUAAGUUACAUCAGCACCUCAAACAAAGAAUUGUUUAAUUCUCAGACGACUAUUAAUGUAGAGAAACAGUCACAUGCUCAUCAUCACAUGAACGAUUCACUAAAAAGUUCUUUCACUGGUUUCUUGGCAGUGUUAGCCUUAAGUUUCCACGCCGUCUUCGAGGGAUUGGCUGUGGGUUUGGAGGGUAGUGUCGAUAAAGUUUGGUAUUUAUUUGCAGCUAUUGCUACCCAUAAGUUAGUAAUUGCUUUUUGUGUGGGUGUGGAACUGGUAACUUCUAAGACGAAGGUUCUUCUGGUGCUGCUUUAUAUUGGAACUUUUGCCAUCGUUACUCCAUUAGGUCAGUAUUCGUUCUUAUUAUUAUUUUGA